CUAGAAUUAAACCCAUCAACUUUGAAUAAUAAUCUUCCUCACCCUCCCAAUCCCUCAUCAACUAUAAACCUCUUUCCCUUCUCCCCUCCUCACCCUUCAAACUUCACCAAAAACGACUACAGAUUUUCCAAAUCUAGAACUCAAAACUUCAGAGGGUCAGCUCACAUUCAAAUCAAACUUUUCUCUUAAUUCUCUUAGUUUUUCUUCCAAAACUCCUCUUGAAUUCUUUGUUUUGUAAUCAUUAGUGUUCUUUUGGGUUAUCUUAUUUUCCUUCUUCCUGCUCACAGUCUCUUCGUGUGUAGUUUUUCACGAGACAGCUAUUAGGAUAACACCCAUUUUCCAGCACUGAAUCAUCCAGAACUCAAAACUCAGAAGGUCAGCUCACAUUCAAAUCAAACUUUUCUCUUAAUUCUCUUAGUUUUUCUUCCAAAGCCCCUCUUUGAUUUCUUUGCUUUGUAAUCAUUUGUGUUCUUUUGGGUUACUUCCUAAGAUUAUUGAUUCUCCUCUUCCUGCUCAUAGUCUCUUCUCUAGGCAUGGAUUUGUGUAUUUUUUUCACGAGCUAGCUAUUAGGAUAACACCCAUUUUCCAGUACUGAAACAUCCAGAACUACAAACUCAGAGGGUCAGCUCACAUUCAAAUCAAACUUUUCUCUUAAUUCUCUUAGUUUUUCUGCCAAAACUUCUCUUGCAUUCUUUGUUUUUGUAAUCAUUAGUGUUCUUUUGGGUCAUUUUCUAAGAUUGUUGAUUUUCCUUCUUCCUACUCGUAGUCUCUUCUCUAGGCCUGGAUUUGUAUGUAGUUUAUCACGAGCUAGCUAUUAGGAUAACACCCAUUUUCCAGAACUAAAUCAUGUGAUUGUUUGUUUUACUUUAUCCUACGAUUUUCUUUUGUUCAAUGGGCAGAGACAUGAAUGGAGAGUGGUGGAAUUAUUGUAACUUAUAAUAAGAUUUGAAAAGCCCAAACUAUCCUUAGGGAGUCAACAUUUUUGGCGUUUUAAUAAUUGGGUUGAUGGCUCUAACUUUUUCUAACUUUUCUGUCUCUCAGGCAUUACAACAAACACCUGGUGUGCGUGUUACAGUGCAUACAAGAAACAGAGAGAUCAGAUUCAGAUCCAACAAUGGAGGGCGAAGAAAACAAACCUGUAGAUUCAUGGUCAGACACAGAGAGCACAGGGAGCUCCAAACGAGUUGCCUUCAGCGGUCCGUUACCAGGACCUUCAGUCGCCUACAAAAGAACCAACAGCUACAGCAGCAGCACAAGAAGCACUAUGAGAAUCAAAGACGACGAUCAGUACGUCGAGAUUACCUUAGACGUUCGCGACGACUCAGUCUCGGUUCAGAACAUCAAAGGAGGAGAUUCAGAGACGGCAAUGCUAGCGAGCCGAUUGGAGACAAAACGCCCUACGCUAGGCUCUCAAUUGUCGUUCAAAUUGAAGCAAGUAUCACAGGAACUGAAACGGAUGACAUCCUCCAAAAGCUUCAACAGAAUCGACAGAACAAAAUCUGGCGCAAGUCGUGCCCUAAAUGGCCUCCGAUUCAUGACCAAAAGCGUCAGAAGUGAAGCCUGGUCAGAGAUUGAGAAUCGAUUCAAUGAACUCGCCAUUAACGGAGAGCUUCCGAAGUCGUUGUUCGCAAGAUGCAUAGGCAUGAACGAGUCGAGCGAGUUCGCCGGCGAGUUAUUCGAGGCGUUGGCUCGAAGAAGAGGCAUAACUUCGACCUCCAUAAUCAAGGGGGAACUUCGUGAAUUUUGGGAGCAAAUUAGCGAUGAAAGCUUCGAUUCAAGGCUUCAAAUCUUCUUCGAUAUGGUGGACAAGAAUGCCGAUGGCCGCAUUACCGGAAAAGAAGUCAAAGAGAUUAUUGCAUUAAGUGCUUCGGCUAACAAGUUAUCAAAAAUCCAAGACGACGCGGAAGAAUAUGCUACUCUGAUUAUGGAAGAGUUGGACCCCGACAACCUCGGAUAUAUCGAGCUAUACAAUUUGGAAAUGCUACUCCUGCAAGCGCCAAACCAAGCAUUGGCAAGGAAUCGCGUAACAGACAGCCGAGUGCUGAGCCAACUACUGAGCCAAAAGCUCGUGCCCACAAAGGAAUACAACCCCAUCAAGCGCACCUACCGCUCACUCCGCUACUUCGUUGAGGACAAUCGGAAGCGCAUCUGGGUCUUCUCUCUAUGGCUCGCCAUUUGCGCCGCUCUUUUCGCCUGGAAGUUCGUCCAGUACCGCCAUCGGGCCGUCUUCCAUGUCAUGGGCUACUGCGUCACCACCGCCAAGGGCGCCGCUGAGACCCUCAAGUUCAAUAUGGCCAUUGUUCUUCUCCCUGUUUGUAGGAAUACCAUUACUUGGCUCCGGAGUAAGACCAAGCUUGGCGCUGUUAUCCCUUUUGAUGACAAUGUUAACUUCCACAAGGUAAUUGCAGUUGGCAUAGCCAUUGGGGUUCUUUUACAUGCUGGAGCACAUCUUACCUGCGACUUUCCAAAGCUACUCCAUGCGACCGACGCUCAAUAUAAACCAAUGAAGCCGUUUUUCGGUGAAGUACGACCGAAUAACUAUUGGUGGUUCGUGAAGGGGACGGAAGGGUGGACAGGGGUGGUGAUGGUGGUGCUGAUGAUCAUAGCAUUCACCUUGGCUCAGCCAUGGUUCCGCCGCAACCGCCUGAACCUCCCCAAAAUCAUCAAGAGACUCACAGGCUUCAAUGCCUUCUGGUACUCUCACCAUCUCUUUAUCUUUGUCUAUGUCCUCUUCAUCAUCCAUGGCUACUACCUCUAUCUUUCCAAGAAAUGGUACAAAAAAACGACAUGGAUGUAUCUAGCUGUCCCGGUUUUGAUAUACGCAUGUGAAAGAUUGAUUCGUGCGUUUCGGUCGGGCGACAAAACAGUGAGGAUCUCAAAGGUUGCUGUGUAUCCUGGAAAUGUUUUGGCAUUGCAAAUGUCAAAGCCUCAUGGUUUUAAAUACACAAGUGGGCAGUACAUAUUUGUAAACUGUUCUGCUAUUUCUCCCUUUCAAUGGCAUCCGUUUUCGAUCACGUCUGCUCCAAGGGAUGACUACUUGAGCAUUCACAUCCGCACCGUGGGAGAUUGGACUUCACAGCUCAAGACCAUUUUCUCUAAGGUAUGUCAGCCACCAUCUGUUAAUCAAAGUGGUCUUUUGAGGGAUGAUAUUGGCCAAAGCAGCAACAAAAUCAGGUUGCCAAGACUGUUGAUAGACGGACCAUACGGAGCUCCGGCGCAAGACUACAAACAAUACGACGUUCUUCUUCUUGUGGGGCUGGGGAUCGGCGCCACGCCACUGAUCAGCAUCGUCAAGGAUGUACUCAACAACAUCAAGGAACAAAAAGACAUCGAAAAUGGCAUCACCGAUAAGCACGCCAAGCCUUUCAUGACAAAGCGAGCUUACUUCUACUGGGUGACAAGAGAGCAAGGCUCAUUCGAAUGGUUUAGAGGUGUCAUGGAUGAAGUCGCCGAGAACGAUCGAGACAGAGUGAUUGAGUUGCACAACUAUUGCACUAGCGUUUACGAAGAGGGUGAUGCUCGGUCCGCCCUCAUUACCAUGCUCCAAGAUCUAAACCAUGCCAAGAAUGGCGUUGAUAUUGUGUCCGGGACAAGGGUGAAGACUCAUUUUGCUAGACCGAACUGGCGUAAUGUCCUAAAGCGUGUUGCUAUAAAUCACCCUGAUCAAAGAGUUGGGGUGUUUUACUGUGGAGCACAAGGGCUGGUAGGAGAGCUAAGGAGAUUGUCACAAGACUUCUCUAGGAAAACAACCACCAAAUUUGAUUUCCACAAGGAGAAUUUUUAGAGAUUUUUUUUUUAAAAUAUAUAUAUAUAUAUAUAUAUAUUAUAGAAAUUGUAAUAU